CCCCAAAUCAGCAGGCAAACACGUAAAAGCAUGCGCAGAAAAAAUACAAAGUCAUAGACCUGAAUUGAGAAGUUUUUCUUUGACGUCGUAGUGUAUUUUUCCAACAAAUCUCAUCCUAAAAUGGUCUUAGAAUCAACAAUUUUGUGUGUGGACAACAGCGAGUUUAUGAGAAAUGGCGAUUUUCUACCAACAAGAAUUCAAGCUCAACAAGACGCAGUUAGUCUGAUUUGCCAUUCAAAGACCCGACAGAAUCCUGAAAAUAAUGUAGGGCUUAUGACGACUGCCAGUCUAGAGGUUCUUGUUACACUGACUACGGAUGUGGGCAAACUCCUCACAACUCUUCAUAAAGUACAACCUCAAGGAGAUGUAAACUUUCUCACUGCCGUUAAGAAGGCUCAUCUGGUUUUGAAGCACAGACAAGGCAAAAACCAUAAGAUGAGAAUAGUGGUAUUUGUUGGAAGUCCAAUAGAGUCUGAUGAGAAAGAGAUUGUAAAGCUUGCCAAGAAACUUAAAAAAGAAAAAGUAAAUGUUGAUGUUGUAAAUUUUGGGGAAGAGGAAUCAAACACAGAGAAACUCACAGCAUUCAUUAAUAUCCUGAAUGGAAAAGAUGGCAACCUAAGCCACUUGGUGACCGUCCCUCCUGGACCGAUCCUCUCAAAUGCCUUGGUCUCCUCUGCUAUUGUAGUUGGUGAAGAUGGAGCAGGAGCAAUGGAUAUGGGAUCAGGAUUUGAAUUUGGAGUUGACCCCAAUGCUGAUCCUGAGCUUGCUCUGGCUCUACGUGUUUCCAUGGAAGAGCAGAGACAAAGACAGGAGGAGGAGUCACGAGCCACAGGUACUCCAGCUGAGGGGGGCUUGACCACACCCGUCCAGGCCUCUGACCAAGAGGAGGCGAUGCUACAGCAGGCACUGGCCAUGUCUGACUCUGCUCAGGACAUAGGGCGCUCCGUUCCUCCCACCCCCAUGGUUGACUUUGGCUCUAUGUCUGAGGAGGAGCAGAUUGCAUAUGCUAUGCAGCUGUCUUUACAAGGAGCAGGGGAGAGUGGCAUGUCUGGGGUUGAGGAGGAUGAUGAUGACCCAGAAGGCAAAGAAAGCGCCAUGGAGACAGACACUGAAAACCAGGGAGACAAUCAAGACUUGUCUGAGGUAAUGGCUGAUCCCGAUUUUCUGCAAAGGGUCCUAAGCACCCUCCCUGGGGUAGACCCCAGCAGUGCUGCAAUCCAAAAUGUCAUGGGGUCUCUUGCUCAAGGUGAUAAGAGUGGUGAUCGAGACAAGCAAAUGGAUGAAGAUUCUUCAGGAGACAAGAAAGACAGCGGCAAGAAAUGAUUAUUGAGAUGAACAUGUAAAUAACUGUUGUUGUGACCUUGCAUAUUAAAAGUAUCGAAAAUUGA